AUGAGUAAACGGAGCAUAAUUAGUUAUUUAACAUCAAAUGUACCGGCUAAAGUGUCUAGGGGAGAAGAACCACUAGAAGUCCAAACUUCAGAAAUACAUUCGGAUCUAGAUACUUCAAAUGUACAUAGUAUUUUUGACAUACAGCUAAUGGUUGGUAAAAAAUUUACUGAUGCUGAAAAACUUCGACAUCUAGAAAAUCUAUGGACACCAAGUAAGAACUCAGUAUUUCCUUCUACUCAGCAUGGCAAAAAACAAUUAAAAUUUCAAUUUGGAUGGUUAGAAAAUUGGAAAUGGUGUUAUGGAACCGGGGUUCCAACACAAAUAAUUUAA